CCCGAUUUGGCAAGCGACUAAUUUGAACAAGACGUUCAUGUGUGGGAUCCUCUUCUCAGCCGUUCCUGCAUUGGCAGGGGAUGAUUCCGUCGUUAUUGAAAGGUUCAAUCAGCUGUAUGAGCGAUUGCAAGCCGCCAACGCCUCUCGUGGCCCUGAUGCCCAAGACACGGUAGUCCUCCUGGAGGAGAACUGUCGCCUGUCUUUCACAGCGUCAGAACUUCGCCUGAGAGGCGAGUCGUUUGUCUCCCAGCCGCAUAGGGAUGAGCAAGGGAAUAUUUUGUGCUGGAACGGCGAGAUCUUCGAUGGAAUUGAGGUAUCUUCUACAGAGAACGAUGGUGAACAGCUGUUCUCUCUGUUGCGCAACCUGCAAACCCCGGCGGAGAUCCGCGAUUGCAUGGGUAGCAUUGAAGGCCCGUAUGCAUUCGUGUACUACCAGCAAUCAACGCAGACGCUAUACUUCGGGAGAGACCCAUUGGGCAGGCGGUCACUGCUAAUUCACAGACCAACGCGGGAACAGCCGCACUUUGUGUUGACUUCAGUGUCCGUUGGGUCGCAUCCGAGCUAUGUCUGGGAAGAGCUGUCAACUGAGCAUCUAUACGCAAUCGACGUCACAGCUUUAAGUUUGCGUGAAGAUGCUCGAAUAGAACAUAUCAAUCGUCUACUGCCAGACGACCCACUGAAAGUCCAGCACUUAGAUGGAAUCCUCCCUCAUCUCGUCACUGCCGUCGACGGCCUGAUCGACCAAUUGGAUCGCAGUGUCAUGCUACGUGUUCGCGAUAUACCCAAAAGAGGGGAAGCGAGCUCACAGGCUCGAGUCGCGGUUCUAUUUAGCGGCGGAAUCGACUCUACCAUGCUGGCAUUUCUGGCGAGCAGGCACGCCGAUCCGUCAGAGCCAAUUGACCUUCUGAAUGUUGCCUUCGAAAAUCCGCGCAAGAUCACUGUCAAGGUUGAGGGUAAUAUCGGCGGGCUACCUAAGCGAGAACGAAAGCAAAAGUUGCGCGAAGGACUGGAUUAUUCGGCCAUCGAAAUCUCGUAUGACGUCCCGGAUCGCCUGACUGGUCUGCAAGAGGUCGAGGAAUUGAGGAGAUUGUGCCCAGGCCGCACUUGGAACUUUGUCGAGAUCAACGUGCCAUUUGAAGAGUCACGAAGUGCACGUCCGAUUGUAGAAGCAAUAAUGUAUCCAAGUCGGACAGUCAUGGAUCUGAGUCUCGCCAUGGCACUGUAUUUCGCUGCGCGCGGCGUCGGCGAGGUGCGAUCCGGACCAGCAGCGCAACCAGUACCAUACACCAGUACUGCGCGGGUCUUACUCAAUGGAUUAGGCUCUGACGAGCUCAUGGGCGGAUACGGCCGCUUCCGGACUGCGUUCAAGCAUGGUGGGUGGCAAGCGAUCGUUGACGAGCUCCAGCUCGAAUUAGAUCGCAUACCAAUUAGAAACUUGGGUCGUGACGAUCGGGUGAUAUCAUCCCAGGGUAAGGAGACACGACAUCCAUUCCUGUCACUAUCAGUCGUCUCCUUCCUCGCCCAAUUGCCGGUACAUCUCAAGGUAGAUCCAAGACUUGAAUCAGGUCUUGGAGAGAAGUUGCUUCUGAGGUUGGCCGCGAGGAAGGUGGGCUUGGUGGAAGCCAGUGCAAGAAAGAAGCGGGCCAUGCAGUUUGGGAGUCACUCUGCUCGGAUGGCACCAGGUGAAGGAGACAAGCACGGCGAGUUACUUAUACGAUAGAAACUUUUAGUGUUUCUUAUUAGAUAGACGGAGAUAUGCUUCAGGCAUGCCAUUAUCAAUUGUUAGGCCGUGACCUGAGUCCUGCAGAUGUACUCUUCUGACGGCGGCAAGAAAUUGAAGAAUGGACCUUGGUGCUCAGCGCAUCUACGACGACCUGCCUCAUUGGGGCUCAAAUACUGCGUGAGGGCGGGCCGCGCUCAUGAUCAAGACACGUACUUAGGCGCCGGAAA